AUGAGGCGCGGGGACGGGCGCGGGGACGGGCGCGUAGCGUCCCCCCAGCAGGUGCAGCACGCGCACAAGGGGCGCAGCCUGCCGAGCGUGCGGAGCGUGUCGGCGGGGCUGCUGCCGUCGUUCCGCGCCAUCUCCAGCUACCUCCGCCAUGUCUCCUCCUCCGCCGACUCCCUCGUCGCCUCCGCUGUCCGCUCCGCCUCCGCGUCGGUCGCGGCGGCCAUGGCGCCGAGUGACGAUAGCCAGAAUAAGGAGCAGGUCACAUGGGCAGGGUUCGGGUGUUUGGAGAAGGCGUCGUCUCGCGGCGCGUCCGUGCCCGUGUCCGGCACACGCCACGUGCUCCUCGUGGCGUACACCACGGGCUUCCACGUGUGGGACGUGAGCCAACCACACGCCCUGCAAGAGCUCGUCUCGCGACGCGACGGCCCGGCGGACUCGCUGCAUCCCAUCCCUUACGUCUCUAGAACCCCCCCGGAUAGUCCGCUCCGCGACGCGCAUCCCGUGCUCUGCGUCGUGUGCCCCUCUGCCGCCGCGCCUCCGCCUCUCUCGGCCGCAGACUUGGGAUCUCCGAGCCUGUCUGCGCAAUUUCCGUACCUGGAUGACGAUGAACCUUACGCUGACGUGGCAGACGGGGUCGACGAGCCGUACGCGUGCGGAGAUGAAACGGGCGGCGAGCAGAGCGUGCUGCGGUUUUACUCGAUGCGGAGCGGUUCGUAUGUGCACUCAAUUGCGGUGGCGGGGCGGGUGAUGGGCGUGAGGAGCAACCGCAGCGUGCUGGCAGUGGCUGUCAUGGAACAGGUGUACAUAUACGAUCUACCAUCGCUGCACACGGCCUUCAGUGUGCUCACGCACCCGCACCCCCUCCCCUCCGCCCUCCCCGGCAUCGCCCGCACGUCCCCCCACGGCGCCCUCGCCCUGGGCGCGCGCUGGCUCGCCUACCCCUCCAACCAGCCCCUCGCCCCCCCCGCCUCCUCCCCCCUCCCCUCCGCCUCCUCCUCCUCUGCCGCGGCUGCUGCUGCAGCGGGGGCAGGGGCGGCACUGGUGGCGCAUUAUGCCAAGGAGUCGGGGAAGCAGCUGGCGGGGGGGAUAGCCACCCUGGGGGACCUGGGGGUGCGGGCGGUCGGCAAGUAUUGGACGGACAUGGUGGCGGAGCCUGCCAGUGGCUCAGGUGUUUCCAGCUCGUCAGGUGCUUCAGGUGCUUCAAGUGUUGCAGCAGGGUCGGGGUUUACAUGGAGCAGCAGGAGUCCGGAGCACAUGUUUGCGCCCGACUCACCCCAGGCGUCUGUAUCAGGAGCGUCUGUCUCAGGAGCAUCAAUGUCGGGAGCGUCGGUAUCAGGGUGGUCAACAGAUGGGUGUGCGGACGGCAGUCCCAGGGCAGCAGCAGUGCACUCGCCCUCACCACCGCAGCUGCCCUCCAUGCCACCUGUCGAUCCCGGCCAUGCUGGCAACGUGAUGGUGCGGGACGUGGCAACGAGGGCAGUGAUAGCGCAUUUCAAGGCGCAUGGAAGCGCCAUCGCACUGCUGGCGUUUGACAGCUCGGGCACGCUGCUGCUCUCCGCCUCGCACGCCGGCCACUCCCUCAACGUCUUCCGCCUCACCCCCGCCCCCUCGCCCCUCCACUCCCCCGCCACUGCCAACACGCCACUCCUUGACUCACACCCCCAGUCAGACUCGUCAGUGCAGGGGGGGCGCUCCUUUGAGCGCUUGCCCUCUCUGCCCGCCCUCGCUCUGCGCUCCGCUGCUGCUGCUGCGGGGAUGAAUAUGAGGGGCGUGGGGGGGUUGGGGGGCGCGGGGAGCGGUGCAGCGGGGGAGGUGGUGGUGAGAGUAGCAGCAGAGGCGAGUGAGGUGUGGGACGUGUGCCGCCGGGUGAGCUGGAGCGACCGUGAUGACCCCGUUCCCGUUGACAGCACUUGGGUUGGCGGCAUUGAUGCUACUGUUAUCGGUGCUAAUGCUGCUGGUGCUGCUGGUGCGUCAGGGGAGGCAAGGCAGGGAGCAGGGGAGGGGGCAAGGCAGAGGGUGGCGAGAGAGGAGGAGCAGCAGAGGGCGUAUCUGAUGCACGCGGAGGUGCAGCUGUCCACCAGCCAAGCCACGCCCCUGUGGGCGCGCUCCUAUGUGCAACUACAGCCGGACGACCCACCGGCCCAGCAACAGCUAAAGGACCCACGGGGUAGCGGCGUUAACAGCACCCAGUCAGCACUGCCAGGCAGCACCACCACCCCUGCACCGCUGGCCACCGAGCCACCCCCUGUGCGCCCACCUGCUCCCCUUGCCGCUGGGGACUUCCCCCCAGUCUUCCCCUCCUCUGCCUGUCCGCCCACACUAGAGGGCUUUCCACAGACACGUGCGGAGCAGCAAGCUCAGCCGCACUUGGGGGUGCACAAGGGUGUGCACGUGGGGGUGCACGUGGGCGUGGAGCAAGGCAGUGGUGCCGUGCAUGCCCCCCGACGCACCUCCGCCCUGGGUGGGCUGCUCCGCAACUCCCCGACUGCUAUUCCACUGCUCCCACAGUCACUCUCACCCACACCCACAGUCACAGCCGCAGCCGCAGCCGCAGCCGCAGCCGCAGCCGCAGCCGCAGCCGCAGCCGCAGCCACUCAUCUCGCAGCAGCAGCGUCAGCAGUGUCUGAAGCAGACCUGCCAAGUGCUGCUAUUGCGUCUGGGACUCAGGGCAGCAGCAGCAGUGCGGGGGGCACAGGGAGCAGGGCGAGGGGGCAGGUGGUGCAGGAGGCACGGACGGGGCUGGGCGUGGCGCUGGAGCAGCCCAGAGGGGGGGGCAGAGGGCGCGCGCAGGGGGGAGUUGUGCAUGGCGGUGGGGGAGGGCAGGUGGGGGGUGCUGGGGAGUGGACAGCGGUGGAGCCCGGAGGAGGAGUUGCAGCAGCAGGAGACGAGGAAUGGAUGGGUGGUGUGAGUGGUAUGGAUGGAGGGAUGGGGGUUGCAGGAGGAAUGCGGGGCGCAGGAGGGAGGUUGGGUGCUGUGUAUGAGGAGGGGGGAGACAGCAGGGCGGCUGAGGAGGGGGAUGGCAGGCAAGUGACUGGGUUACUGGCGCCUAGCUCCAGGGCGAUAGAGGAACGCGGGGAGGAAGGGGAGGAGGGGCGGAUGGGGUUUGAUAUGAGUGGGCGGCAGGGCGGCGAGAGAGGCGAGGCAGAGGGAGUGUUUGCAUUCGACGACCCGUGGCUUGCUGCCCACCCACACACUCUAGGAUGCGAGGAGGGGGUGGAUGAAAGCAAGCAGGGUGGGCGCGAGGAGGAGUGGAAGGGGGUUGUGCAAGAGCACAGGGUGCAAGAGCACAGGGUGCUGGAGCACAGGGUGCAAGAGCACAGGGUGUUGGAGCACAGGGUGCAGGAGCUGCGAGUAGGGGAGGAUCAGAUGGGGCAGGGGAGGGAACGAGUGGUGCCUGAAGAGGGGCAGGGGACAGGGCAGCAGGAGCAGCAGGAGCAGCAGGAGCAGCAGGAGCAGCAGGAGCAGCAGGAGGAGCAGGAGCAGCAGGAGCAGCAGGAGGAGCAGGAGCAGCAGGAGCAGCAGGAGCAGCAGCAGCAGCAGCAGCAGAAGCAGGAGUGUGACAGGGAGCAUGGGCCAAAGGAGGUAGAGCAACAGCAGGCAGUGGUGGAUGGGGGUGUAGUUGGUUCAGAAGGGAUGGCACAAGGGGUGGCAGCAGUGGCAGUGGAUGAGGUGUUGAGCCUGGAACUGGAGGGGGACGAGGAGAUGGGACACGCAUCCGUGCAAUGUGGGGUGGGUGCGGUGGGAGUAGUGUCGCAGAUUGGUGCUGGUGCGAGGGACGAGGGGGAUGGUGAGGAGGAGAGGAGGGGCUGUGGAGGGUCAGUGGUUUGUACGGGAGGAGCACAGUGUGAGGAGGAAGGGACGGUGGUGUGUGAAGGAGCAGGUUCGAGGAAGGUGGAGGAGAGGGAGCAGGAGCAGCAGCAGACGGAAAGGCAGGAGCAAGCUGGUGCAGAGAUGCAAGGUGGCAUGGGGAGUGGUGGGCGUGGUGCGGACAGCAGUGGUGGCAGUACUGGCAUUGCUGGCAGUGGUGCGAACAGCAGUGGGGAAGGCAUUGGGGAGGUGAGAGGCCAACGCAAUGCUGCUGAAGAUUCAGCAAUAGUCGAACCUGUUUCAGCUCCUUCACCUGCGGAGCCUGUCAAAGCUGAUUCACCUGCCGAACCUGUCAAAGCUGGUUCACCUGCCGAACCUCUUUUAGCUGCGUCACCGCCCGCACCUGUCUUAGUGUCACCUGCCAUACCUGCCUCCUCAUCACCUGCCGCACGUGUGUCAUCUGUGUCACCUGCCGCACGUGGCCCAGCUGGUUGCAGAGGCGCUAUGAGCAGUGGCGAGGCGUGUGCAGCAGGUACAGGAGGGAGUAUGGUGGAGGAUGGGGCAGAAGUGACAGGGAGUGAGCAAGGAGGGCAGGUAGGGAUUGAAGCAAGGAGUCCUCGUGCGGGAACUAUUGCACGUGGUGCCAUCAAGGCUGCUAGUGCUGCAAGCAGCAUCAGCUGCAGUGGCAGCAGUGCUGGUGAUGGUGUUGGUGGUGCUGGCAGCGGCAAGGGAAUAGCGACAGCAGCAGCUGAGGUGCCAACAGUGCGAGCAAGGAAGGGGAAAAAGAAGAAGGUAGGUCUGGUGGUAUCAGUCGCUGCUGCAGCACCAGCAUUACAGGCAGCCAUAAAGUCGGUUCCCAGCUCCGACUCUCUCAAUGGCUGGGAGCUCUGA